AUGAGCAAACCAGGAGCUGAUAAGAAUGAGAAGAUCCUUCGUGAUCUUAUGACAUUGGAUGACAAUAAGAGAUGUAUGGACUGUUCAAUGAAGGGUCCAGUAUACGUCUGUUUGGAGCUUGCUACAUUCGUCUGUCAAUCAUGCAGUGGAAUACAUUCAAACAUGGGAAGAAGAUGCAAGUCUGUAUCAAUGGGAUCAUGGAAACCAGAGGAGAUACAAAAGAUACAGAAUGGUGGAAACAAGGCUGCUCGUGCAUAUUGGUUGGCAAGAUGGAGACCUGAGGACUUCCCUGAGCCAGCAGAGGGUGAUUCCGCAAGGAUCAGACGUUUCAUUGAGCUAAAGUACACCAACAAGCAAUGGGCCGAUACAGCAGGUUCAUCAUCACAUGCUCAAUCACAUGCUCCAUCACAUCACAACAACAACAACAGUAGCAACAGUAACUUUGGCAACUUUGGCAACAACAACAACAGUAACAACAGUAGCAACAACAACUUUAACAAUGUUAUCCCAGCACAACACAAGGUUGAACCAUUAUCGAAUAUAUUAGGCAAUGAUAUACCUCCUAUCCGCGUCGAUCCAAAGAGGAACUCACAGACAUUUAGCAAUGGAAAUGGUAACAACAACAACAACAACAAUACAUCCAACACCAACUCGACCAACCUCUGGCUCGACCAACCAGGCGCCAAUGGAAAGCAACAACAGCCCAAACAACAGAGCAAUACAUUGUUGGACCUGUCCGACAUCUUCUCAGCGCCCACACCCGCGCCAGCACCAGCUCCACAGUCACAUCUGCCACAAAUACAACAACAACAACCAAACACAUUCAGCAACAACGCACAGGUUAACCAAUGGUCCACUGGUGGCAACAAUCCAUGGAGCACAAGUGUCAACCAAUGGGGCGUGCCUCAACAGGCCCCUCCUCAGUCACAGUUCCAGUUCCCACAGCAACAACAACAGCAACCGUUCAACCAGCAACAACAGUCACCAUUCAACCCUCAACAGCAGCAGCAACCUUUCAACCAAGCAUUCAACCAAACCCAGCCAUUCAAUCAAACACCACAACCAUUCAUCCAGCCUCAGCCAUUCAACCAACCAUUCAAUCAGCCACAGAUGAUGCAGCAACAGCAGCCCGCCAACCCAGGGUUCGACUAUUGGGACAAGAGCAGCGCCAUCAACCAACAACAGAGCAAUCCAUUCUUUGCACAACAACUGCAGCCACAGCAACCUCAACAACCAGAGAAGAAGGACUACGCAGGAGCAUUCGCCAACUUGUCACCAUUUGCUAGCAGCCCAAGCACUGGAACACCAAACAACUUCAAUACAGUGUCACCAACUAACUCCCAGCGUGGCAACAAUACAGCAAUCAGUAGUAAUGGAGGCAGUGUAACCAAGCCCAAUCCAUUCGAGUCAACUUUCAACGUCAACCCAACAUCUUCAAGUGGACCAGGCAGUGUUAGCAAGACUGCUUCAAACCCAUUCGCCAACCUCAACAACAACACAUCCAGCAAUGGUAUGGUUGCCAACCCAUUCUCCCCACCAAUGGGCAGCCAGAACAACAAUAUGAACAAUAUGAACAACAUGGGCAGCAUGGGCAGCAUGGGAAACAACAACAUGGGCGGCAACAACAUGGGCAUGAACAAUGACUUCUUUGGCACCAACUCCACUCCAAUGGUAAUGCCAUCAUCAGCAGGCAUCCCACCAAAGGCUGCAAGUGGUGGCGGUGGCGGUGGAUUCAAUCAAUUCAAUGGCGGUGGAAACCAACAAUUCCAGCCUCAGCAGCAGCAGCAACAACAACAGCAACAGCAACAAUUUUUCUCGAAUCAAUCAUCACCAUUCGGUGACUUCAACACCAACAACAAUCCAAACAAGAACGCACCAAACACCAUGUCAUCUCCAUCAUCAUUCUCAUUCUUCUAG